AUGGACCCCUACGACAGUGACUCCAGUAUAGAAGACGGGGAUUUCACCGAGACCGGAGUUCUCUUGGGCUAUGCCGCCGAAGAAGUUAUCGAAGACACAAUCAGCCAUCUGGGAGGCUGGCCGAAAUGGCUCGACGACGCAAGUCCUCCCCCCGGCGACUUCGCCAACUGCAAAGUCUGCAACAGCCCAAUGCUCCUCCUCCUAGAACUGCACGGUGACCUUCCUGAACACUUCCCCGCCGACGAACGACGGCUGUACCUCUUCGGAUGCCCGCGCAAGCCCUGCAACCGCAAGCCCGGCAGUGUGCGGGCGUAUCGUGCAACCCGCAAGGUCAACGUGGAAAGCGCCCCCAAGCAGGACCUAGGCGCCAGCCUGUUCGGAGCCACAUCCUUGACAAGCAAUGUAUCCUCGAACCCGAACCCGUUCUCCUCAUCGAGCACCAGCUCGACUGCAAACAACCCAUUCGCGACACCUGCACCGGCCACACCCUCCACUCAGCAGCCCUCCACAACCACAUCAGCCAACGCGCUCGCCGAAACCUUUGCCGACAAAGUUCGCGUGUCGUCCCCGCCGUCCUCGGCACAACCACCAACAAACACCCGCGGCACCAAGCCCGCCCCCGAGUCCGUGGACUCCGCGCCAACGCCGUGGCCAGCGCAGUCCGAGUUCCCGACCCCGUACCAGCAUUUCUACCUCGACGCCGAAUAUGAGACCCUGUCACGGCCAUCGACACCCACAGUCCCCGAGAACGUGCAAAUGGAGCCCAUGGACGAGAGCGGCAGUGGCGCCGAACUCAAAGACACCUUCGAGUCUGAGCUAGACAAGGCCUUUAUGAAGUUCUCCACGCGCCUCGCCCACAACCCGGAGCAAGUCCUGCGGUACGAGUUCCGGGGUGCUCCGCUCCUGUACUCUCAUACCGAUGUUGUCGGCAAGCGUCUGCAUGUGGACCAUGCUGCUGGCGGUGCUCAUGUCACAAUUACAGCUUCUGCGGGCAGUAUCCCGCGCUGCGAGUACUGUGGCAGCGAGCGUGUCUUUGAAAUGCAGCUUGCGCCGCAUGCUAUCAGUGUCCUUGAGGAUGGUCGCGAGGGCGUCGGUCUUGGCAAGGAUGAUGCUGGUAUGGAAUGGGGCACGAUUAUCUUGGGCGUUUGUGCCCGCGACUGUGCGCCGCAGGAGCUGGGGCAGACGGGCUGGCGUGAGGAAUGGGCAGGUGUGCAGUGGGAAGAGACGCGGUAG